UGAGAGAAACUUAUGAAUUUGCAGUUUUCUUGAAUUUACAGGUUUUAUAAUGAACAUUAAAGAAAUUAAAAAAAGAGAUGAAGAAAUAGAGCUUAGGUCAAGAAAAAAAGUUUUUUUUCUUAUUGGAGAAGCUAAUCCAGCUAUAUCAGGUGAUAUUAUAUAAUUAAUCAGGCGAUAUUAAGUAAUCAUGUUGAUUGAUGGUUAUAUACUCUUUAUUUUGCAUUCAAACAUUACUUUUUAUGAAUAAUUUAAUGCACACAUGUGUACUUUAUAAAAAAAGAUAAAACUAUGGUUUAUAUUAACAUCUUUUCUUAAAAAAAUAAGUACUUUUAAAAUAAGUAAUCAAGUAUUGAAGUAUGUAUAUUAUUAACAUAAAUAAAUACUUUUUUUAUAUUAUUAAGGUAAACAACUUCCAACUGGAAUGGAGAUACUGAAAAACUUUUACCACAUCAAAUCAACAUUGGAAACAAAUGCGAAAAAGUUAUCAAUACUAUAUUGCAUGCCUAAUAAAAUGAAAGAGAGUCUGUGUAAAGAUGGAAAAUGCAAGUGCAUAUUAUCUUUGAUUAAAACUUCUUGGAAUAAAGCUGGAUUUCCAAUAGUUUCUGACAAAACCCUUAGAAAGCAUCUAGGUAAUCUAGAAAAAGAAUACUACAGUUUAAAAAAGCAUGAAAAGAGAGGAUCGCCUACAGAUUUAAAAAAACAAAAUAAUUUUAUACAGAAGAUAAAGAAAGUGUUCUGGAUUGGUACACCGAAUCUUAGACAUGCCAUAAUGAUUGACAAGAAAAGAAUUGAUAAAGACAAAGUUGAAGAUUUGAAGUUUUUAGAUGACCAAGAAAGUAAUAGAAAGUUUUUUCUCGGAACCGAGGAUAAAAAAUAUAGUCAAAUGUCUAGAGAGAGUAUUCGAAAGAAAACAUUCAAAAGAAAACACAGCACUCUAGAAGUUACAUCAAAUUUGGAUCAGGAACCAAAUUUUUAUGAAAAUGAUACAGAAAUGUUGAAUAAUUUAGACUUUGAACCUGGAAACUGGACAAGAAGAAAAGAAAAAGAAAAACCGAUUACAUGCAUAAUUCCUAAAAAUAUUUACAGUGGUAGUGUUGCUCUUACAGCAUCAAUCAAUGAUAUAUCUCCUGCAGUUCUCCAGAAAGUUGUCACUUUUGUUGUUCAUAAGGCUGGCGUGGAUGUAGGUAAACUACACUGCAGCAUUUCAACUGCUUCCUCACAAAUGAAAAAGGUAAACCUAAUAAUAAGUAAACAACCCGGAAAUGACAUUAAAGUUGCUUUAAAAGCCUCCAAAUAUAGCCUAUCAUUCAUUUUGAUGGUAAAACCUUAUUUGAGUUAAACAAAGGCAAGCAGAUUAGCCGUUCUUUUAAACAUCGAUGGAGAGGUUUAUCUUCUUGGAGUACCUUCUCUAUCUUCUUCCUCAGGGGAUGAUCAGUAUAAAGGCAUAAUGAAUCUCCUUAAAGAAUAUGAAACCGAAGGAAAUUAUGGAGGGCUUUGCUUUGAUACCCUUUUUAGUUCCAGUAAUACUGGAACUAAAAAGGGUUCUCUUUUUAGAAUAGCAAACAAUCUAGAUAUCUUUCCAUUAUUUCUUGCUUGCAGACACCACAUAUCAGAGCUGAAGAUUGUUCACUUUUGUAAUGUUGUGAUACAAAGAAAGACAUCUGGACUAGAUAAUCUUUUAUUUAAAAAACUGAAAGACAUAUUUGAAACUCCUGAUUUUCAUUAUGAUACAAAUGAUGUUACACAAUUUUUUUGGGAAAAGACAAAAGGAACUAUCAUCGAAUGUGCUGCAGUUGAGUCUCUUUAUUUUUGCAAAGAAUAUAUUAAAAAUGAAAACACUUUAAGAGACGAUAGAAAAGAACUAGCUGAGCUAGUUGUUGCUUAUUUGUCUCCUGGUGGUGUAAAAAUUAGAAAACCAGGAGCUGUCCACCAUGCAAGGUUCCUUGGCAAAGCCAUUUAUUAUCUAAAAUUGCAAUUGCUUUGUAAUCAAAUUAAAUUUGUUCAAGAAGAUAAACUACUUUUAGAAGAAAUUAAUAUCAUGGCGGAAUUCAUAGCAUGCUUUUAUGCAAAAUGGUAUUUGCAAUCUGACAAAGCUAUCAAAGCACCAUAUCUAAAUAUUUUAUCAAUACACAAAAUGCAUCUAUACAAAGAUGUUUGUGCAAAACCAGACGCAAUUGAAGCAGUAUUGAAAUCAUUUUACAAACAUUCCUGGUAUCUAGAUUCUACAAUUGCACCUCUUUCUUUGUUGGAUAAAGACGUUUCUAAUGAAGAAAAAAGUAAGAUUGCUUCAGCUAUGCUUCAAUAUGACAUGCCGAACUCUGAUUAUUAAAAUUGACAACAAAUUCUGAUUAUUUAAAAUCGACAGCAAAUCACUCAUUGACGUGGAAAACAAGAUUAAGGUUGAAACGAGAGUUUACAAUGAUCCCCCAAGUUUAUCAUUAUUAGUUGAUCAGUUCUCCUACUUGAUGUUUGAUAGAAUUGGGUUGGAUAAACAAAGGAUUAGAGAUUGGCUUACCCUCCCGCCUCAGUAUUGGUAUACACAAUCAAGCUUUAGAAUCUUCAAAGCUUUUGCUAAAUCUCUAGUUGUUGUAAAUGAUCCGGCUGAAAGAGCAGUAGGAAUGAUGCAACAAUUUGUGCACAGAUACAAUGAAGAAGAAGAAAUUCAGAACAGACUGCUUACUGUUGAUAAAACUAGAUUGGCUACAAAAAAGCCGGGGGGAAAUCUUCAAACUUGUCUAAAAAGAGAUUGAUUGACUCACUUUCUAUAAUGGAAAAAAUGAUUGAAAAAUAAAAAUUGACAACCAAAUUUUUUAAACAAACUUUAAUAUUGUUUUAAAUAAUUAUUAAUUAAUUAAAGAUUUAUAACACACUUUUAAUUGUAUUAUUUGAUUAUACCUAUUCGCGACAAAAUAAUUCUUUUUUUUGCGCUUUUUUAACACUUUUUAACACAAUAAAACAGAAAAAAUAGUCAUAAUCUGUCUUAACUACCCUUUUUAUUAGAAAAUAUAGAUCAAUACCUGUAUUAUGAAAAAAAAUCAGUUAAAAUUAUUUAUAUUAUCACCUCCCCUUAGCCCUUCAAACAGUCGUUUUUGGCGUUUUUUUGACCUUUUUUUUUUAAUUAAUGGGCUUUGGGGGAGGCUCAAGAGUGGUCCAAUCAGGCUAAUUUUUUUCCAAAGUUAUUUUUAUCACCAAUGUCCCACAUUUGAAGGGGUCGUUUAUUGAAAUUCAAAAAUUUCCUCAAAAGCAA